CGGUUUUUGGCGAGGCUCAAGUGCAGGACUCGUCGACGACAGCCGAGCGCAAGCGGAAAGCUCCAUAAGUUGUUUAGAUCUUAGUUCAGAUUACAGAAUCACAUGGAGGCGGCAGCCAUGGCAAGACCUCCAUUAUCCGAGCAAGAAAUCAUUCUCUGUCUCUUCAACCACGUCCGCCAAACCAAAGUUACCCUCCCCGCCGUCCUCAAACGCCAAUUCCCAAUUCUCGACAUAUACGGCGACCAAUGCCCGCCGGAGCUCUUCCGCCUCUACGCCGGCGCCGGCGCCUCCCAUCUUUACUGCUUAUCCACCACAAGGAAAUUCCGCGACAACUCCAGCCGCAAAUGCGGCUUCGGCAGCUGGGAACUCCACGUCUAUCCCACCCCGGUCGACGACAACAAAGGCCGUCUAAUCGGCGUCUUAAGAUGCUUCUUCUACGCCUCCACGGUCCCAUUUGCCGGCAGCCUCGAGUACUCCCUCAGAGAAUACACUCUCGCCCGCAAACUCCUCGCCCACGUCGACUACGAAUAUCGACAUUACGCAUUCUACAUUAUCACCAAAGAGGACAUCGUCAUCGGAGACGCCGACAAAAUUCCAUUAAAACCAAAUCGCCGAUUCGACAUCGACAACUUCCUUGAUCAAAUCAUCCGAUCGCGAGUUAUCCCUAGAACAAGCUCUUCCAAUAGCGUCGCCGUCGUCAACGACGCCGCAUACCGCAUGAGUUUCCGACUAUCCGAUCAAGAAAUCAUACUCUAUCUUCUUAACUUGCAGGGCGUGAACAGAGUCAUAUUGCCGGCGAAGUUGGAUUUCGUAAUCCCUGUUUUAGAUGUCUCCUGCGAUAACACUCCAUUGAGCAUGUUCAUCGACCAUCCUUAUAACAAAGAAAUUUACUUUCUAACCCAUGAGAAGGAUUGGAUCAAUCGACGUUUUCGCAGAUGCGGCGUGGGGUAUUGGAAGAGCGACGGAUUGGAGCAGACUGUGUACGAUGAGCAUGGGGAAGAAAUAGGGAAGAGGAAUCUUUUCUACAUACUGUAUCAGAAAAGUGAUCCGAGUUAUCUUCUGUUUACUUUGAGAGUUUAUAGCCUUGGCGACAAGUUCUUGAAUUUUUCUAGAAAUGAGAACUUUGCAGGUUCUGCGUUCUGCGUUGUGGUUAAGGUGCUUUCUUGGCCGCUUGCGACGAAGGAGAGCAGCGUCGCGGUUAUUGAUUCAUAUUUGGAUCAGAUUCAGAGAGCGAAUGCUUCUUAGGAUGUAUAGGUUUUAGAUUGCGACGACGAUGACGAUGAUGAUGAUGAUGAUUGUUGUAAGGUUGCAUUUGUCUUGAAAAGGUUUAUGGCUUUUGAGUUCUGUUGAUGAUCUUCUCUUCGUUUAUUUAAAUUUGAUUUCGAGUUAUCAUAAUUUAAAAUAUCGAAUUCAACAGGAU